GGUGCGUAAUGUCGUCGGGACCUUCGACAAGCAUCAGCAUGACUCCCAAGAAACACAUGCGCUUAGCACAUCCGUUUUCUCCUUGUGCAAAAUCGGUGCGGCACCAUGACGGUGAGACGUCGACCGACGGAGCAUCCAAGGAGGACUUCGAAGACGACCCGUGGAUUACCGUCGUCCCGUACAUGAACCGGCAUAUCGAUGAAUGGAACGACAAUGAUUGGAAGGCGAUGGAGCGUGCAUGCCCUUGGGCAAGCCAUUACAAGUUUGCGAACAUGUUGGAGUUCGGGAGCCUCAUUGCACUGCCUGAUGGUAUCCUCCAACCAAAAAUCCUGGACGAUAAGCGUAAAACGAUUCGCUGCCGUAGCAGGUGGAGCAGGAGCAGUCGCCUCAACUGCGAGUACAUCACAUCUUCACCACGAACUUGGGGAAGUUCGCAGAAGCAAGAGUUGUUGGACUGCGCUCGUCAUUGUUCAUUCUUGGAACACUACGCACCUCGCUGCCCAAGGAACUAUCCACAAGCUAUAUCAUAUUGUUGUGUGCAGUUGACUCAUGACGGAUGUCCUUUCGCCAGAGUGCUAUGUGUGGCUUCUUCGAACAAGAGUAGGAAACUUGUCGAUGCAGCUGUGCUUGUGUCACGAAACGAAAUGAUGUUUCGGGGAUCCAAGUUCACGACGGUGAUGUCUCGGCCCGAUGUAGAUGGGCAGUCAGAUUUGGUGAGAGCAGGUACCGCGUGGAGCCCAGCUAUGGCGCCAGGUAAGCUCGCCGACUGCAGGUUCUUGGAUUGGCUCGGUCAGUACAGGUGCUUGAAGUGGCUCGGUGGGUAUGUGCUUGGAGUGGCACGGUGGGUACAUGCUUGGAGGUACUCCGUGGGUAUGCGCUUUGAGUGGCUCUGUGGGCGGGAGCUGCGAGAAGUGGCGUCGGCUAUCUCUUCUUCCACGGCAUUUCAGCCGAGGAGAGGGAGCUCAAGGGGCGACUCCAGGCGAACAGCUCCGGGAGCGGCGAAUUGGGGAGGGCGUUAUCUGCUACCAUCCCCGGAAGAGCUCAUCUGUCGCUGGGCGCGCGGAGACAGGAGCAAGGUGAGAAGAAAGGCGAAGACGAAGAGGAUCAGGCAGACGGUUUUCCAGUCAGUGUCUACGAUGGCGGCGAUGGUGGUCGUGCUGCUGCUGGGGCUUCUCCAGAUUGCCGUUCCUGGACUUGCUCAAAGUCCGGCACCUGGUACGGUAAAGAUCGAGGGCUUGACCUAUGCUGGCACUGGCUGUCCGCCUGGAAGUCUCGAGCUCAUACUCUCCGACGACGGAAUUUCCAGUUUGGGUUUCACGGAGUUCAAAGUGUUCACCCCAGGACGCAAAGCUGACCUGCGGAAAACCUGCCAAGUGGCCGUCGACCUGAGCUAUCCUGCUGGGUUCACGUUUAGUGUGCGGACUGCGACAUUCCGAGGGUCCGCCCAGUUCGAGGAAGGCGUCACGGGUUCACUGGCAGCCGCGUACUUCAUCUCGAGUAUCCCAGGGACAGGCAGAUCCUCGCGCAGCUUGCCUCCUCCCGUCGAUGGCAACUUUGAGUUCUCGGACAGCUUCGCAACAUCUGUCUAUGCACCGUGUGGCAGUCAGUCGGUGACGUUCAAUGUCAAUUUCGAGGCAAGAGUACUGCCUCCAUCCAGGCCGAAUAAGAACAACAAGGCCUUGGUCGUCCUAAACAACAAGGGCUCGAUCACCGUCACCAGUCCGGGUUAUACUCUGCUCUGGAAGAAGUGCUAAGGGCAUACUCGUAUAAAAGCGUUUCUGGAGCAUCUGGCGGUAAAUGCAGCGAGAUCCAGUUCAGAAAAUGUGAGCAUGGCCUAAGCUGAUUUAACCAGGCGUCAACAACAGGGGGGGGCGGUCGUUCGACAUCAGCAAGCUACUUGGAGAGAAGUCGAAUGAGCGACCGGGAGGGGCUCACCUUGGAGAUGAGUGGAUUAAUCUAUCGGUCCGCAGCUGCAUUGUAUUGUCCGGGGCGCGUCACUGAGCGUGGUCAGCUAAGAACUGGCGACAUCACCGACGCAGGGGAUCGGACGUGUGUGUGUACAACAGCACUUUGCUGAUGGAGCUCAAUAGGAAGUCUAGCCAGUUGUGGAGCUGGUCACUCAACGAUCAUUAUAAUUAUAUAUAGAGUACGUAUUUAAUGUCUGGCAGGCGAGCAACUUUCCACGUCAUGUAAUUUCUAAAUCUGGAAAAGAAUACGCUGGCAUCUAGGACUUCCGGUGCCUUGCGUAAGGAUGAAGUAGACGGCCGUAACGAGCAACAAGGCAUACUGCUUAGUAUUUAGUGCUCUCUCUCUCUCUCUCUCUCUCUCUCUCUCUCUCUCUCUCUCUCUCUCUCUCUCUCUCUCUUCACUUUUGUUCGCUUGCUGGCUUGCUCUUUCGCUUGCUCCAUGUGUUCGUGUGUGACGCACAUCUUUAGAGUGCGAGUCGACACCCAAUGAAUUUCGACCGUGGAG